UGUAUCGGAAAUGUGUGUGUUCUACUAACAGUUGUGUCUGAAUUACAGUUUUGAGUGACUUAAUUUUAAAGACAAUGUUACUUUUUAAAUACGUUAAAAAAUAGAACUCCACACUAUUUACCAUGGAAAAAAGCUUGGAGUCAGGCGGUGGAAAAGAAGAUAAACAAAUAAACACAAUGGAAGGAGAACAAUCACGAUUACAAGAAGGGGCCCGGAGUUCGUCUUCAAAAACGGCUCGGACGUAUGAAAAACUUGCUGGAACCGUAGAUCAAGGAAGAGAAUAUGAACAAAUAAUGUGUGCAUUCUAUGCUUUAAAGUUAAUUGCAAACGACGAAGUUGAGGAUUUCGAAAUGACUACGAAUCAACAAGGUUUCGGAACUUUCGAUGAUAUAGUUCUUAAAGUGACAUUCAAAGACAAAAAAGAACGCACUUUUCUUUUUCAACUUAAACAUAAAGAAGCCGCAAAACGUUUAAGGAAGGUGGAUUUACGUAAAGGCAAACAUGACUUCGAUGUUGGAAAAUACUGUACAUCGAUAAACGAAAAUAUUGAAACAUCGGAAGAUAUUAUUUGUGUUCUUUAUACAAAUUGCCCCCUAGAUCUCAAAAAUAGUACGGAAAUAGAAACAAAUAUUAACAUUGAAAGGUGUCCAAGUGUGGAAUUCGAAGAUUUGCUAUCAAACAAGGAGCUGCAGAAAGUGCAAAGUGUUUUUCGAGUCACACAAAAUUCGGAAGACAAAAAUUGCAAAUUUUAUUUAUUUUCGGAACAAGGCAACCUCACGCAGACACAGCUAUACGUAGAAAAAAUGUUAAAGUAUUUAUUGCGAUACAACAUUUAUGACUCAUUUACUCACUUUAUAAGUCAAUGGUGGUCGAAAAAUUUUGUUCUAAGCAAGGAUGACGUCAUCGCAAAACUCAUCGAAUUGGCUUUGUCACCACACACGAAAACUUUAACUAGCAACAAACAAAAUGACAAAACACAAUACCUUAAGGCGGCAAUAAUGAAUUUCCAAAUAACCAUAGUAAAAAAGCCUGAUGAAGAAAUUGUUGAAAACAUCUGGCCAAACCAAGGAAACACAACUGACGAAUGUGGCAAAAUCAAGCAAAAGUUUGCAAUAUGGACAAAUGAGGAGACAAAAAUUUCGUGGUAUUUGAACAAGGCCCCUUUGAUAGUGAGAGUAAAAGAUGGCAAUAGAUUUAUUAUUAAAACCAUGACAAAAUUAAUGAAAAAAGCCACUGAUAACAGGAAACUAAUUUUGAUAGGGAAUGUCGCUCGCAGCAAUUUUGAAGGCAUGGAAGUGUUCCAGAAUUUAUCUGAUCUGAUCACCAAAUCCAAAGACACGGAACACUGUCAAAAUAUUUUACGUACCUUCACGAUUUCUAUUCAAGGACGAGAACCCAUUUCUUUGGAACGUCUCGUUAACAUUGACAAUGAAAUUGCCAGACACAUUGGACUUGAAGAACUCUUUGUAAUGUCUCAAGCAAAGUAUGUAAGCGAAAAUAAAAAAGACUUGCCUGAGUUCCACAUACCCAGAAACGUAUCGAGUAUUUUUGUGAAAAGGGCGAAAAUUACAAGCAUUUACGAGUUGCUGAAAGACCAGACCAUGAUUAUUAUCAAUUGUGAUUCUACGUUUAAAGAUAAGUUAACAUUUAGAAAUUUCCAUAUUCUCGAGUUGUCUGACUAUUUAAACAAAGGAAAUAAUAAACACGAAAAUGUUGUAAUAGUUUCAAUAAAAAGUAGAUGCACACCAAAAGAAUUCAAGCGCAUUUGUGAAAAAUCUGGAAAGAGAAAUGUGUACUUGCUUCAAACAUUUGAUGAUGAUUGUUGUGUUUUACUUUCGAAAAAAGGAAAGAAAAUUCCUGGUGUCUGUUUAGAUGAGUCGAAAAAAAUCAAAGAAGAAGACGUAUUGAAUCAUUUCGAUGGUCCCCUGAACACUGUUUGUGCCCCACCCGGAAUGGGUAAAUCUACAUUAAUGAAAGUCCUCUACAACAAUUGUCCUUCAGAUUAUUGGGGAGUUUACGUUGAACUGAUUCAUUGUAAUCCUUUCUUUGGCAAGCAACGAAGUUCCGAAGAAAUAGAGAAGUACUUUUUAGGUGCGGAAAAACCAAAUGAAAAAAGGAUUGAAAAACUAAUUAGAAAUAGUUUGCACAGAAACAAAAAGACUUAUUUAUAUCUUGAUGGCUUAGAUGAAGUUGAUAGUACUUAUGUAGAUCUUGUUUUAGAUUUCGCGGAAAAAGUAUCAUCAGAGGGUAUGAAGGUGUGGAUUUCAUGCAGAGAGAAUUUACGCGACAAAAUAGACGAAAAGUUGAAUGUAGUAUCCAUAGAAAUCCUGCAGCUAGAUCAACAACAGCAGAAACAAUACGUACAUAAAAAACUGAAAAGCAAAUAUCGAAAAGAAGAGAUAGAAAAAAUCUUACAAAAGAUAUUCGAUAGCACAGAUCUGAACAACAGUCAAGAUUUGCUCGGAAUUCCGCUACAGUUAUAUAUAAUCACAGAAAUGUUUUUACACAAUAACGAAGCUUUUAAAAACCUUGACGAAGAAAAUAUUUUCGUUCUCACAUACAUGUAUAAAGUAUUUUUUGAGGGAAAAAUAGCAACCACUAUUGAAAAACUCGUCGACAAAGAACAAAAGAAUCAACUCGGAUUUAUUAAAGCACUAUUAAAACCGUACGAAGUUGUGGCUUUGAAAGUAUGUUUAGAUAACAAAGACUUUGAGGUACUAGAUGUCAAUUUACAAGAAACGAAGGAGUUUAUUGAAGAAAUCAAACUUAAUGGGGACAAAAGCGGAAUAAUAAAGAAAAUAGGUGAUAACGAUGAAGUAAUAUUUAUCCAUCAGACGUAUGCAGAAUACUUUGCAGCCAUAUGGUUAAAAACAAACAAAAAGAAAGCUUCUUUGUUGAAACAAGUCGUACUUUCGGAAAGGUACGACAAUUUACGACUCAUGUUUGAUGUGAUGUUGGCCGACAACAAACCUUUACAUUUGUCUAUUAUAUACAAAAAUAUGAACAAAUUUGAACAACAUGUAGAAGAGUCAGACGCCAAGGAUGCAGGUGGUCGAACUCCAUUGCAACUUUUAUGUACAUAUGGAAUGAGGUACCCGGUCAAAACCAUCCGUAAGAAUUCACGGGAACCCAUUUGGUACAUGACAAUGAUGGAAGCACUGACCCAGGAAGGUGUUAAUAUUGACGGUCAAGACGACUUGUUCAAGUUCAGUUGUGUAGAUUACGCCCUUGAAGCAAAAUGUCUGUACCCAAUCGAAAUAUUUUUGAAACGAGAAUUAUCAACUUUCGCAAACAUGAAAGAAAAAAUUUUUCAUUACUACAAAGAAGAGCCUUUAAUAUUUUACGCAGCACAACUGGGAUACUCGAAUUUAUUUUCAGCAAUUAUUGCAGAAAGUCCAGAACUUGUCAACGUGAAAAUAUGUAAUGAAUAUUUGUUGCAAACGGCGGUCACUGGGACUCCAGACGAUAACGUGGUACCACCCAGAGAUGGUAAUAUCGCUGUGGUAAAUGCAAUAUUUGAAUAUAAAUUCGACAUGAACAAAAAUAUAAGUGAUAUUGUAAUUUUGGAUGUGGCUUGUAAAAGCGGCAAGUACGACAUGUUGAAAAUACUGUUAGGCAACGGUGCUAAGUGUUUCGAAGGCAACACAAUAUGGCAUGCACUCGCACAAUCACGACCGAAAAGCUGCGAAGAACUGAAAUUAUUAGAAAAUAUUGCGCCUGAUGUUGAUGUAAAUGCGAAGAAUGAUAAAGGGAUAACUGCGUUACAUCUUGGAAGCGUAACCGGUAACUACGAAAUCGUAAAGUUUCUAUUAGCCAAUGGAGCCAAACCGAAUAUAGUAGACGCCGACGGCAACAACCCAUUACACUACGUUUCGUGGAAUAGAGACUCAUGGGACAGUAAUCAAGACAAAAUAAAAUUACUUAUCAAUAAAGGAAUCAACCUGAACGCUCCAACCAAAAAUGGGUCCACGGCUCUACAAUUUGCAUGUGAAUAUGGUGACUACGAAAUUACUAAAAUGCUAUUAGAAAAUCAUGCGUCGACAAAUAUCCUAGACAAAGACAACAACAACGCGUUGCAUUAUGCGGCAAGAUCAUGGGAAUGCAAUAGAGAAAUAAUAAAGUUAUUAAUUGAAGAAGGUAUCGACGUUCGUACUCCAAAUAAUGAAAGGACGACGGCAUUUGAGCUCGCAUGCGAACACGACGAUUCUGAAAUUAGGGAAAUGCUAGUGAAAUGUUUAAGAAAAUGAAAAUAUUGUUUGCACUAUAAUUAUUGUAGAGUAGUCAGGAACUAAGACGUACUUUAAUUAUUAUGAAUGACAAGAUAUGUUUGGAACGGUUGAGAAAAUAUUCUGCAUAAGUAAAUGGAGCUGUUACAACUAGUGGCUACUAGAACCCAUACAAGAAAUUAAUUAUCAUCAAAAUGGGGGUUUUUCACUUUAUAAUACAAGACAGUUUUUAAAUUCGAAAACUUCCAAUAAUACCGACGUCACUUGUUCUCCUAACACUAAAUACGUGAAUCACUAGUCGUUCAGCGUCGGAUAAGCAGUUUGACAUGGACCGGCAUUCCACAAGGAUCUGAAUGCUGUGCGUAGAUGUAGCAGAUCCACUUUUUUUUGUUGUACAAUUUUAUAUUUGUAAUUUUGUCUUUGAAAAGAUAAGAAGGUUUUGCAGCUGGGUAAAUAAGCUUCACGGAAACUUAUUUCACAGCUUUUUCCCUUCUCCAGAGAGGAACCACAUUUUUCGGCCGUCCUUUGACAAAAUUUAAUAAAAGAUAUUUCCUCCUGCA